AAUCUUUGAGUGUAUAAGCCACAAUGUUCUGUAACACUUAGACAUUGCUGGCAGAGUACAUUGUGUGACCAGUAGUUUGCUAAGUAAUGCAGUUUGUUUAAGAAAUUUAUAAUACAAUACGUUAAUACAAAGGCUGAAUAGGAAAAAAAAUAUCAAUGCAUUAUGAUCCAGUUUUGUUCUUUGUAAGCAUCAAAUUCUCGUCUGCAUUGAAACAUUUUGAUUUAUGAUUCCUUCUGCCAUGUUGUCUUUGGUUCCUCCAGUUACCAGUGGAUUAAUAAUGUAGUUAGAACAUUCGAAAUGAAUAUGACUUCUACAUUCUUUAUUUAUCUUUUGGUAUUCAGCAAAUAUCACAGUGAAGCUGUGUGCAUUUCCAUUGUUUAUAUUUAUCUGUGAGCACUGAACUGAUAUGGUAAAGAAACUCAUUUCGUAAUUUGUGCAUGAUGACUUAUGAUAUGAUAAUGUAAAAACAACCAGAAAAAAGAUAACACAAUGUGUAAAGCCUUUUAAAAGCCUAAUGCCCUAAAAAUAGUUAUAUUCAUCUGAGUGUCAUACUACAUGUACACUAGUAAUGCUGUUUCCUUUGCAGGUGUGAGUCCACAGCUGCUGGAUGGAGAUUCUGUACUGUUUAGGGGAAUUUCCCAGUGGUCCCCAGUUGUGAAAGCCAGAAGCUUUGCUUGUGCCCGCUGUCACAAUGCUUAUACUCGCCGAGACAACCUGAUGCGUCACAUCCGAUUUGAAUGCGGUGUAGAACCACAGUUUGAAUGUCCCAUAUGCUACAAAAAAAUGAAGCACAAAUUUUCAAUGAUUAAACACAUGAAAAACCAUAACAGGAUUAGAAAUUUACAGCAAGUAAAUUUUUUGUGUGAAUCCACAGUUGCUGGAAGGAGACUCUGUAUUGUUUCAAGGAAUUUCUCAAUGGUAUCCAGAUGUAAAAGCCAGAAGUUUUACUUGUGCUCGUUGUCACAAUGCCUAUACCCGACGACACAACCUGAUGCGUCACAUUCGAUUUGAAUGUGGUGUAGAACCACAAUUUGAGUGUCCUGUAUGCCACAUAAAAAUGAAACACAAAUUUUCUUUGAUUAAACACAUGAAAAAGCAUAACAGGAUUGACAAUUUACAGCAAGUAAAUUUUUUGUGAGAGAUGAACCAGUUUUUUUGUA